GCCGGUCCAGCAGCGUCCGGUCAGUCCCAGCUCCGUGCUCAACCAAGCACAGCCAUGCCCGGGCAGAGACUGACCCCACUGCUCGGCUCUCCCACGCUGCUGCAGCUGCUGCUAUUCUCCUGGCUGCCUUCGGGAGGCGCCCCAUCUCCCGCCCAGGAGCACCUCCAGGCCUUCCCAGGACCCUCAGAGAUACACUCCAGUCCGGACGUUUCCAGAUUUCGGGAGCUGCGGAAACGCUAUGAAGACCUGCAGACCAGGCUGUGGCUGACCCAGGGUUGGGAAGACUCGAACCCGGACCUCAUUCCCACAGCUCAAGUCCGCAUACUCGCCCCAAAGCUGCGACUUGGGCCGGGGGACCACGUACACCUGCGCAUCCCCUGGGCCAACAUGACUGAAGGGCUCCCAGCGGCCUCCCGCCUGCAACGGGCUCUGCUCAGGUUGUCUCCGACGGACCCGAGUUCGUGGGACGUGACGCGGCUUCUGCAGCGUCAGCUCAGCCACGGAGGUUCCAGGGCGCCCGCUCUGCGUCUGCGGCUGUUGCCCCCGUCCGACCGGUGGCGAACUGCGUUGCCUUCUGCGCGGCCCCAGCUUGAACUGCACUGGCGGACACGCACCGUCAGAGGGAGCCGCAGCGCGCAUGCGCGCUCCAAGGACGGUUGCCCUCUUGGGGAGGGGCGUUGCUGCCGCCUGCAGAGCCUGCGCGCGUCGCUCGAGGAUCUGGGCUGGGCCAGCUGGGUGGUGGCGCCGCGCGAGCUGGACGUGCGCAUGUGCGUCGGCGCGUGCCCGAGCCAAUUCCGGUCGGCUAACACGCACGCGCAGAUGCAGGCGCGCCUGCACGGCCUGAACCCCGACGCGGCUCCUGCGCCGUGUUGCGUGCCUGCCAGCUAUGAGCCGGUGGUGCUGAUGCACCAAGACAGUGAAGGCCGCAUGUCGCUCACGCCCUUCGACGACCUCGUGGCCAAGGACUGCCACUGUGUAUGAGUAUCCCCAGCCCUUCACUAAGGGCGUCUGCGCAAUGGAAGUGACCUCAGUCUUCUUGGCCUGUCGAAUGGGCUCGUGGAGCCUGAAAUACCCAAUUCCUAACCACUGCUGUCUGCCCCCUCUGCUCCCUCCCACCCAAACCACUGUAUUUAUAUGUUUGUAUUUAUUAUUAAUUUAUUGGGAUGAUCUGCCUGGGGACUGGAGGGCUGGUCUGACAAGGUGUACAUUUAUUUAAAACUCUGGUAAUAAAAAUGAAGGUGUCUGACCUGAACCCUGUGAUGUCCCAGAUGGAGCUGGUGACCUUGGGAAGAACUCACCCUUAUUUGGCCUUAGUUCCCACAGGGGACCUGGUAGAGGUGCGAGUGGAAUGGUUCAGGGAAUGGGUGGUGGGGCAUUCUUGGGGUGCCAGGCAAUUGGAUGGCACUCUUGACCCCAACAGGCCUCAAGGGUAACCUGGGCCACCCCUCCUUCUCUCUCUCUCUGCUUCUAUAUCUCCCUAUUCUUCAGUGUUUCAGUCCCUUCCAUGUCUUCUCAUUUCUCAGUAUUCCUGUUUCUAGGGUUACCUGGCCCUCUUUCAUGGUCCUGCUGUCUUGCCCCAUAUUGGAGUCCAUUCCAAAUAGGCAGCCCAGAGUCAUGUCCAACCACAAUCAAGCACAUCAUUGUGUGACACUGCCCCCAACUUAGAAGAGUCCGAUCUCAUCUACUAUUUGUGAUUCCCCCCUUCAUGUUAAUGAUGCCUCCACCCUUUCAUGUAUAAAGAGCAGAGAUAAAUUAAUAAGUUGUGAAAGAACUUUUUCACACAUACCAAAUCUUCCAGGUUAUAUAGUCUUCCUACUUAGGAUCUUGGAAUCACUGAGAUUUGCCAAAUCCAGACCCCCCCUCCCCACACCCACCUGCCUGUCCACAAAACCAGCUGACUUGAGCUAGGCAAGUGAGGGAGACAAAUGAGUGCAAAGAUGUAUCAUAAGAAAGUGGCUGAUCGUACUAAGGGUUGUGCUGAGGAGUCAGUCCAGGCAAUGCACUAGUGAGUGGAGGCAGAGGUGAUUUAGAUGGUCAGGGGAAGGAGCCUCCCUUAUUAGGUGACAUCUGAAUUGAGAUUUAGAGAAAUAAUAAGACCCAGGGAAGAACUGGAGGAUGGGUAUUUGGAGCUGACAGGUGCAAAGGCCCUGAGGUGGAAACAAGCUCAGUGCCCAGAGGCAAAACUGUUGAAGAUGGGGUCAGGGUGGUUGGUGGGGGCCAGAGCCCACCAAAUCUCAUGGGUGGCUGUGAGGGGUGGGGAUGGUGGGAAGAGCACUAAGGAGCUUGGGAGGAAUGGGAUCUGGUUUUUGCUCAGAGGUGGAGGACAGGUGAUUGGGCUGGAGUGGAGGCUCAGUCAGGGUCUAGGGUGGGGAUGAAGGAGUGCAAGGAAGCUGAAGACCCUCAUACAUACCUGCUUGCACCCCAGGUCACCUCCAAGUGCUUGGGGAACCCAAGAGGGUUCAACAUUAAACUCAAUACCAAGGACACCCAAAGCUAGCACAUGCCAGACUGAGUUUCUCUCCCAGAUACCAGCUGUUUGUUGGCUUUGCUGGACUCUGUGGUGCACAUGUGCCUUUUUACACCUCCAGGCUGGUGCUUGCCAGGCUGGUCCCCCUGCCCAGUACGCUUUGUCCCCUCUACUUCUCCAACACCCAUGCAUCCUCCAAAACCCACUCCAGAUUCCCCUCUUACAUGCAGCCUUUUCCAAACUCCUUCAUUCAUCCCCUUCUGAGGCCUCUGGCCUCAUCACUCCCUCCAGCCCAGGCCUGAUCUCCCAGGACUGGAGGUGUCUGUGUCCUGUUGUGUCUCCCCUAACAAGGGGCUUGGCAGGAGCCAGCCUGGGAGCAGCCGACAGAAAACCCAGCUGAACCAUAGCUUGAAUAAUCUCUCAAAAUACCCUGCGCUCUGAGAGUAACUAACUCUGCCUGAGGAGGAGCCAAGGAAGGUUUCUCAGGCAAGGGGCCAUUGCACCUGGCCCUUGAAGGACAAGUUAAGGUAUCUCAGGAAAUUAGAGCUAAACCAGCCUUAGAGAGCAAUUCAAACAGCGGGGGAACCAAGGCCAAGAGAGUUAAUAUCAGAGUCAGAACACAGGCCCAUGCCUCCUGAUGCCCAGGCCAGAGUUCUGCAUCUGAAUUAAGAUGUUUGAAAGUAAGAAAACGUGGAAGAGGAUGGCAUUAUGGGAAAAUGACAAGGGUGAAUGGAAGCUUCAGGAGGGAGGCUGGCUUGGUGGGGAUGAGGUGCAGACAAGAAGGGCAGAGAGAUGGGAGGGAGCAGUGAGGCGGGCAGGGCUGGGUCCUGUAGGUCUCAAACACCAGGCUGAGGGUCUGGGGGCAAUGGGGAGCCAUGGAGAGUGUGUGAGCAGGGGAGGGGCACAGUCUAAUUCAUGAGUUCUAAAGAUCCCUCCGGGGCUGAGGUGGGCUGCCCUGGGG